UGCUCGUCACGGAUAUCCAGCCCAAGCCAGGGAACACGGCCGCCACCUCCCGCCUCACUCUUCGCGCAGACUCCACGUGCGGUGUGGACGCACCCUCCACUCAAUUCCUGUAUUUUACUUCUAAAUUGAGCUAUCGCGGAUCAACGCGAACAUGAAGUCCCCAGCACAAGCCGUUGGGACACAAAAGAAGACAAAGAAAUUGGUAGACAGUCCUGAAUUAAAGAAGGCAGCAGCAGAGGCCCUGGAUGCGGAGAGCCCAAAGAAGAAAAAAGGGAAAGGAAAGAAGCCAGAGACAUCUGGCACAGAGGAUAUUAAGAUAGAAGAUAAGGUAGAGGGUGGACAAACAGAACCACAAGCAAAGAAAGCUAAAGGAGCUAAGGCACAGGCUGAAGGUUCAAAGGCCGAGGCAGAGGAAAGUUCUUCUGCUGAGAAAAUACAGACAGUAGUUACUGAACAUUCAGGGGGUGCACCUAGAGGAAGAGGAUCAAGAGGAGGUUUCCGUGGUGGUAGAGGCGGAGGCUUCCGUGGUGCAAUGAACGGCUUCAGAGGAAGAGGUGGUGGUUUCAGGGGCGGCAGAGGGGGUGCUGCUGGUGGUGCUGCUGCCGGUGGUGGGGGUGCCAGUGGUUUCAGAGGUGGCUUCAGGGGAGGAAGAGGAGGCAGAGGUGGACGAGGAAGAGGUGGUGGUGGUGCUGCAGGUGGUGGUAGCGGCGGUGGUGGCUCGGCAUCUGAAAAAGAUCCUUGUACUGUGUUCCUGAGUUUUGCAAACCCUAUUUCUGCAACAGCUGCAUCAGAGUUAUUGGAUCUUGCAAAAUCUGCUUUACAUAUGAAGCUUGGAAGAAAUUGUUUCCUUACAUUUGCAACACCUGAGGAAGCCACAGAGCUGCUAACGAAGGCCCAAAAUAUGGAAUUCGGUGGUUUGAAGCCAUAUGUAGAUAAUGCAUACAAAGCCCAUGGCAACCAGAAAGAAGCUGAAAAGAGAAGUUCAGAUGAUGCUGCAGCCUGUCCAGCUAAGAAAAUUAAGGUUGACAAAUCGGCUAAGGCCAAGGCCGAUAAGGAUGAAGAUGAUGAAGAAAUGGAGGAAGAUGAAGAUGAUCCCGAAGAGGAUGAUGAGGAGGAGGAGGAAGAUGAAGAGGAAGAUGAAGAUGAGGAGGAUGAGGAAGAAGGUGGUGAUGAUGAGGGUGAAGAGGCAGGUGGAGAGGAAGAUGGUGCUGGGGAAGGUGAAGAUGAUGAGGGUGAAGAAGAUGAGGAAGGAGAGAGUGAUGAAUAAAUUUUGGCACUUGAUAAAAGUUUUCAGGAACUUAGUUCGGAGAUAUUCAGAUCUUGGUGGGAAAUUCGUUAGAUCGUUAGGUUAUUCUUAUAUCUUUUACUGCCAUCUUUUUGCCCCAUUAUAGAGUGGAUAAAGAAGUAAAUGAAAAAUGUGGAUUGUAUUCCAUUGAAUUUAAUAAAACCUAGCUUCUUAA